AUGACUCUUAUUACGGCCGCGCCGCGCUCCUGCCGCGCUGACACCGGCGGGCUUCGGCGCGGAGUCGCCGCCAGCGGGAAGUGCGCUCCCGGUAGCCCGCUGCGCACCCCGCGCGGCCGCCGCCCCUCCGCAGCUCGCUCUCUCCGGACCUUUCAGGCGAGGAUGAACAAACAGGUCCAGCCCGACCGCAAAGUGUCCGUGGUGGCCCCCUUGCCGGAGCGCGCGGGGCAGCCGCCCCCCAAGAAGGACGUGGAGCUGCUGCUGGUGAAGGAGCGCAACGGCGUGCAGUACACGAGCAGCAGCCUGCUGCCCGCCGCCCCCGCGCCGCGCCCCGCCGCCCGCCGCGACAGGGAGACCUGGGGCAAGAAGAUCGACUUCCUCCUCUCCGUCAUCGGCUUCGCCGUGGACCUGGCCAACGUCUGGAGGUUCCCCUACCUCUGCUACAAAAAUGGAGGGGGUGCUUUUCUUAUUCCCUAUAUCCUCUUCCUAAUCAUUGCUGGAAUGCCCCUGUUCUAUAUGGAGUUAGCGCUGGGACAGUAUAACCGAGAAGGGGCUGCCACAGUGUGGAAAAUCUGCCCAGUUUUCAAAGGUGUAGGCUAUGCAGUGAUACUCAUAGCUCUUUACGUGGGUUUCUACUACAACGUUAUCAUAGCUUGGUCCCUAUAUUAUCUAUUUUCAUCAUUCACAUUUGAGCUCCCCUGGACAAACUGUGGCAACAGUUGGAAUAGCCCAAACUGUACAGAUCCCAAACUCUUCAAUGCAUCAGUUCUUGGCAAUGGCACCAAGUACUCUAAGUACAAGCUCACUCCAGCUGCUGAAUUUUAUGAGCGAGGAGUUCUGCACUUGCACGAAAGCCGUGGCAUCCACGACCUUGGCUUGCCGCGCUGGCAGCUGUCCCUCUGCCUUUUGGUGGUGGUGAUCAUUCUUUUCUUUAGUCUAUGGAAAGGCGUGAAGACUUCAGGAAAGGUUGUGUGGAUAACAGCCACUUUGCCUUAUGUUGUAUUAUUUGUCUUGUUAAUACACGGCAUAACCUUGCCUGGAGCAUACAAUGGAAUAAACGCAUACCUGCACAUAGAUUUCAGAAGAUUAAAAGAAGCCACAGUAUGGAUUGAUGCAGCCACUCAAAUAUUUUACUCCUUAGGAGCUGGGUUUGGAGUUUUAAUUGCAUUUGCCAGUUACAAUAAGUUUGACAACAACUGUUACAGGGAUGCUUUGCUGACUAGUACCAUUAACUGUGUCACAAGCUUCAUCUCAGGAUUCGCAAUUUUCUCCAUAUUGGGCUACAUGGCUCACGAGCACAAAGUUAAAAUUGAGGAUGUAGCCACUGAAGGAGCCGGUUUAGUUUUCAUCCUUUAUCCAGAGGCGAUUUCAACUCUUUCAGGAUCUACAUUUUGGGCUGUGGUAUUCUUCAUCAUGCUCCUUACUCUUGGCAUUGACAGUUCUAUGGGUGGAAUGGAAGCUGUCAUCACUGGCCUGGCAGAUGACUUCCAAAUUCUCAAGCAGCACAGAAAGCUCUUCACCUUUGGUGUUUCUUUUGGCACUUUCCUACUUGCCCUUUUUUGUAUCACCAAUGGUGGAAUUUAUGUGCUCACACUUCUGGACACAUUUGCAGCUGGAACUUCUAUACUGUUUGCUGUUCUAAUGGAGGCAAUUGGAGUUUCCUGGUUUUAUGGGGUGGACAGAUUCAGUGAAGAUAUCCAACAGAUGAUGGGCUUCAAGCCAGGCCUCUACUGGAGACUGUGCUGGAAAUUUGUUAGCCCUGCUUUUUUAUUGUUUGUUGUGAUAGUCAGCAUAAUAAAUUUCAAACCUCUGACAUACGAUGACUACACCUUCCCUCUAUGGGCAAAUCGUAUUGGCUGGGGAAUAGCAUUAUCUUCAAUGAUACUUGUGCCUGCCUAUAUUAUCUACAAAUUGAUGAAUGCGCGUGGGACCUUUAAAGAAAGACUAGCAUAUUGCAUCACACCUGAAAACGAACACCAUCUUGUGGCUCAAGGAAGUGUCAGGCAGUUUAAGCUUCAACACUGGCUAACAAUAUGACAACUGACAGGUUGAGGAAAAAGCCAAUAUAUUAAGCUAAACUGGGAAUACAGAAAAGUCAAGUUCAAAGCUCCCUCCAUUAUGCUUGGACCAGGCUGGCUCAGAGCUUAUCUACUGACUCUUUGAGGGAAGACAUCUGCUCUCUGUUCUCAAUGCCUCCCUUCUAUUACUUGGCUUUAAAUGAUCUUUAAAGACUGAGUUUAAUUUUUCUUAUAUCUUUUGGUGCCACAAGAUCCCUACAUGACCAAAACUUGUGAGCUUUGCUAUUGGUAGAAGUGGAGGAGGGAGGGAGCAGAGAAAAAAAGUAGACAUAAGUUAAAGGCUCUUUUAUCUUGGAGAACUGUAUUAAACUUUUCUGACAGUAAUAAUACUUUAGAUAUUCAUGCCACAAUCUGUUUUAAGACAACAAUACCUGAAGGCUCUUAGACCUUUAAGGAAAGAGCACAUCUCAACUGUAAGAAAAGAGCAACUUUAGCUAUGUAUUAAUGUCAUUAGCUUUCUUGCCAUACUAUCCUUUGGGAUAUGAGUCUGCAUCCUUCUGAAGUGAAGACUCAGUGCUUCAUUUUCAGUGGUUUGUUAGUAGUCUCUUCUCUUGGUGAAGAAGGUUGUCUUUCUGUAUAUGUCCUUGCCAUUUUCUGUGCAGUUUAAUUAUACAAGCUGAAGAGUAACAGGAAUGGAAUUUCUGUUGUGGCUAAUGAGUACAGAAUAUAGCUCAAUAACACACUGUACUUGAAACGUAUUCCCUUAUGUCAACAAUUAAAAUGACUUUAUCAUAA